AGAACGGCGGGAACCCGAGCCCGGGCGCAGUGCCCUGGGAGCGCGCGCCGUCCGGGCCGAGCGCAGCCGCAGCUGCUCCAGCCCGCGCUAGCGCUUGCCUUUGGUGCGCAGCCGGGGAGAAGGUCCAGUACUGACGGAAGCGAGGGUCCUGGGCUCCUGUCCUCUCCUAGAGCUGCCAGGCUGCUCGCCCUGCCCUUGCUGCCCCCGCGGGGCCCGGCCCGACCCUUCACCUGCGUCCUGGUUGCGCCAUGGAUCCUUCGGAGAAGAAGAUAUCGGUGUGGAUCUGCCAGGAGGAGAAGCUAGUGUCCGGCCUCUCCCGCCGUACCACUUGCUCGGACGUGGUGCGGGUGCUGUUGGAGGACGGCUGCCGGCGGCGAAGGAGGCAUCGGCGGAGCCGGCGGCGGGGGGCAGCCGGCGACCCGCCAAGCCCGGGGGAGAUGCCGGAACCCCUGGACGAGGACGACGAGGACGACGACGAGACGCUGCCACAGGGCAUGCUGUGUGGGCCUCCGCAGUGCUAUUGCAUCGUGGAGAAGUGGCGGGGCUUUGAGCGCAUCUUGCCCAACAAGACGCGCAUCUUGCGCCUCUGGGCUGCCUGGGGCGACGAGCGAGAGAAUGUACGCUUCGUGCUGGUCCGCAGCGAGGCGUCGCUGCCCAACGCGGGCCCCCGCAGCGCCGAGGCGCGCGUCGUGCUCAGUCGCGAGCGCCCCUGCUCGGCCCGGGGGGUCCCGGCGCGGCCCAGCCUAGCCAUGACCCAGGAGAAGCAGCGGCGGGUGGUGCGCAAGGCCUUCCGCAAGCUGGCCAAGCUCAACCGGCGGCGCCAGCAGCAGCCUUCGUCGCCCUGUUCAUCCACUUCGUCGUCCACAGCUUCGUCUUGCUCGUCGUCGCCACGGGCCACCGAGAGCGCGUCGGUGGAGCGUAUGGAGACGCUGGUGCAUCUGGUGCUCUCGCAGGACCACACCAUCCGUCAGCAGGUGCAGCGGCUCCGGGAGCUGGACCGCGAGAUCGAUCGCUACGAGGCCAAGGUGCACCUGGACCGCAUGCGGCGGCACGGAGUCAACUACGUGCAGGAUACUUACUUGGUGGGCGCAGACAUCGAGGUCGACGGGCCCAGCCCGGAAGAGGAGCCGGAGGCGGCGGCAGCGGCGGCGGCGGUGGCGCCCCUGGACGGCGAGGUUCAGGCGGCCGCGCUGGAGGAGCUGGCCCGGCGUUGCGACGACCUGCUGCGGCUGCAGGAGCAGCGGGCCCAACAGGAGGAGUUGCUCGAGCGCCUCUCAGCCGAGAUUCAGGAGGAGCUGAACCAGAGAUGGAUGCGGCGGCGCCAGGAGGAGCUCGCAGCGCGAGAGGGGCCCCCGGAGCCGGAUGGCAGCCUCGACGGCGAGCUGCUGCUGGAGCAGGAGCGGGUCAGGACUCAGCUUAGCACCAGCCUCUACAUCGGGCUCCGGCUCAACACGGACCUGGAGGCCGUCAAGUCGGACUUGGAUUACAGCCAGCAGCAGUGGGACAGCAAGGAGCGCGAGCUGCAGGGCCUUCUCCAGACUUUGCACACGUUGGAGCUGACGGUAGCGCCCAGUGGGACUCCCGGCUCCGGCGGACCCUCGCGGGAACCCCGGCCUCAAGCCUGCGCCGAGGUGUGGGUGGACCAGGCCCGCGGACUGGCCAAGAGCUGCCCUGGCAACGACGAGGAUUCGGAUACCGGUCUGAGCUCUAUGCACAGCCAGGACUCGGACUCGGUGCCGGUGUGCGAAUCCCUUGUGUAGGGGGAGAAGCGUGGGGGAGGGAGACGGCCUUUUCUCCCUUCCUUGUAGAAAGCACCAGACCGGCCGGCUCAGGGACUUGAAACCGGGCUGCGGGUGGGCCCGGACCUCCUGCCGGGCAGCAGUGCCCGGACCGGGCGCGGGGAGGGGAUCGGGUCGCCUGCCCCGCAGCCGCCCUCCUCUGGCUCCGGAGCGAGUGCCGAGGAGGACGCGGGAGAAGGAAGGCGGGUCUCUAGUGCAAGCUCUUUUAGGGGAAGGAAGGAGGGAGGAGGUGAGAACCCCAUAUUAGAAAACAAACGCCCCAGGGAAAUUGACGUGGUCCGAGCCCAUUUUCAAAAAAGGAGAGAAAAAGUAUUAUGGAGAGUUCACCACUCUUCUGUAUGGGAAGGACUGAUGGCAGCUAGAACUUUAGUUUGUGGCAUAAAGUGCUUUUAAAAGAAACACUUGGAUGGAAAGGAAAUUCCUUGAAUGUUAAUUGUGACUGUGAACGUGUUAAAACUAGCCAAAGAGGACGCACUGGUGUUGGUCUCAGCCUUUCUUACAUCUUUGAUAAAACCCAUAGGCACCCAAAUCCUGGCUGUUUACAUUUCUGCAGAUUGGAGAAUUACUCAUCUGCUAAACUGUUUGCCUUUUAUUUUCUUUCAAAGGCUGAACUGUAUCAAAGACUGACCUUGUAUUUCCUCCUAGCAAAUACAGUCUAUGUUAAACUGAGAUCCUUUUUCCAAAAUAACCUUUUAUUAUUACCAAAGCCAAACAUAACCCUUUUGAGAUAUGGAGUCCUGGCAGACAUAAUCCCAGGUUAAAAUUUAAUCUAGGCCCGUUGGGAUUUGCUCCUGCGAAAGUAUGUGUCUUGUCCUUUCAUUCAUAUUGCAACAUCCACUCAGUCACUGUUCCUUCAGAAAAAAUAAAAGGGAAGUUGCAGAAUUCAAGUUAAGUACAACUAAAUUUGCUGUUUAGUGAACACUCUUACUGAAACUAAGACUUGAAAGCAAAGAUCUUUGCUAGCGUUCAGCUUUUGGCCUGAGCUGUAAGAUUGAAAGCAAUCAUGACCUCAGUGGAUUUUCCCCAAACCCAAGUCUACCAUCAGAAUCUUUGGUCAGAGAUUAAUCAGUUACUUGUUCAGACCUAAACUGAGAUAGUGUAAAUAUUAAGGCUUGCUAGAUAAGGCCUGAAAAGAAGAAAAAAAAAAAAAUCCAACAAUCUAAUAUACACCUUGAGUGAAUAAUUUGAUUAAGAAUGGCAUGUAGCCAUAGAUAAAAGCAUAUGAAAGGGAGCUGACCCCUUCACUUGAAUGACUCUUUUGUGGCUCACGCCUUUGCACAUGCCAGGUGAUGCAAGUGCAAAACGCCUCCCUCAAUAGCUGGCGAUGGAGCCCUGAUGUGGGCUCCAUGUCAUUGUUCCAGUUAUUUCAGUGAAAACUUAUCAGUUGGAGCUGGUUGUUGCCCCUGUGGAAGGAGCCUGCUGGCAGUGUUCCCUCUGGAGCUCAGUAUUUCUGAGGAAUGUGGGAUCUAAUCUGUCCCAAGGAGGAUUAACAAUGGGGUGUGUGUGUGGUGCCAGCCUGGUGCAGAAGCCUGGUAUCAAUCUCCCCGUGGAGGGGAUGGCUCCAGUUUCAACCCUACAUGCGAAGAUAACUUAAGAGGUCUUGCUUUACAGAGAAGUUUCUUCCCUUGGAGAGAUUCUCUGUCUGUCCAAUGGGAGCCUGCCCCCCUGACCUCCCCAAGCCAUUUGGACUGUCUCCUUUUUAGAGACAGUCCGCUCCACCCCACCUUCACCAUGCUAUUACAACACUCGUGGAUAUUUUCAAAUUUUCCAGUAAAAUGGGAAUUAAAAGGCCCCUUUCUUAAUUGAUGUUUUCGGAAGACAUUAGCUGGCAUAAUUAUGGUUUUUUAGUUUCGUCUGAUGCAGAAAACGUCUAUGCAUUUGGUCUUGAGCACAAUUAAAAUGAGGAAGGGACCAAAAGAAACCUACUGUCCCCAGACAAUCAUUUGAUCCCAUUAAAAAAAGCCUAAUGACAGCUUUCCUUUUGAGACAGAGGUAAAAUCCUCAUUAGUGUGUGACAAACGCCACUUUUCUGCGUGGUUUAUGCUGGCAGUGGGCUGACCUGGCAGUUUGAAAAUUAUUGUGCUUUUUGUUUUUCCCCAGGGUGCUGGGGGAGGUGGUGCUUGGACUUUUAUUGACUCAAAAGAGAACCCAGAAGUUGGCAGAACAGGACUGCUGGCAGAAAGGGGCUGUUUUCCGUUUCUCUGUUAUUAUUUUAAACUUUGACGGGCUGCUGACGUCAGCAAAUAUGCCUGAAGCCUGUAAAGCAAAUAAGGCACAUCACAGGGAGGACUGUGGGAUUUUCUGGUGCCCUCUUUCCAGAACCUUCCUGUCCCAGCCACCUGAAGAUGCUUCUCCAGUCAGCUCUUCAGGCAGCAACGGGGUUUGUUUAUAUAACAAUGGGUGGCCUCAUCUGCCCAUUUUUUCUUUCAUCCAAAUCAAUUAUGUCCCCCAAAGUCACUCUGUGUGGAUAGGAGAAAGGAGGGCAGGGGAGGUAAAAAAAAGGAGACAAUAGUUCCUUUUACUAAGAGCUUUUGUAAACCUGAGAAAGGUGAAAUAUGGAUAUAAAAAGCACCAAAACAGGGCCUAUGCUUAGCCUCAUAAAUGCCAGAUUGUUUUAAAAUUUCAUCCACUUUUUAAAUAAUCAUCACGGCACUAGGAAUAAGAAUGGAUGCGUAGCGGUGAAUGCGCCCGCGCCAGGAUUUCUGUGCCCCUGGGAACAGCAACUCCUCUCCUGUUCUCCAGGCCUAACAGAAAUCCGGGGGAGGAGCCAGCGAGGUCGGGAGGAGAGUAUGGAACAGAGUAGGCUCCCUACCCGGAAGCCCCAUCGUUUUUUUGGAACUGAUACAAUUUAUUGUAUCUUCGAUCUUAAUUAUUCCAUUCUUAGCCACCUCCCAAGCCAAAAAGAUUCCAUCUGGCAUCUCUGUCUGUUUACUUCUUUAUAAAACACGUUUAUUAUUAUUAUCUGACGAUAAAAGUUAUAUACUAUAGUCCUUAUGAUGGACCUAAACAUAAGUAAGAAGAAAGAAAAGUCACUCAAAAUCCUGUCACUAAAAGCCUACCACUACCAACAUUUGGUAUCUUUCCUUCCAGACCUUUUGAAUUGUGAAGGUUUUAUAUUUUGCUUCUUUUUUUAAAAAAAAGUAUAAUUUUGAUGAGAUUGUGCUUUUAUGCUCAGGGUUUGACAGACUCCUUGUAAGCGGCUCCAUCCGCCUGCUGGAUGCGCCAUAGCGUGUGUAACUGUUCUCGUAUUGUUAGCUUGUUCCCAGUAUAUUUUUUUUACCAUUAUAAAGUAACACCGUGAUAAA